AUGCCGGCCGCAUCGAAAAAGAAGUCGUCAGCGACACCCAACACCGCCAAGGUGAUCGAUUCCCAGUCGUCCUCGUCCGGUGAAGGAGCGUCCGUGGGAACGCCCGAGAAGAUGAUCAAGUUGCACAAGCGUUCGCGUUCUGGUUGUUUCACAUGUCGUCUGCGCCGAAAGAAGUGUGACGAGAAGCACCCGUCUUGCGGUGCUUGCAGCAAUCUCUGUGUCAAAUGCGAAUACAAGCGGCCCAUCUGGUGGGGAAAUGCUGAACAGAGGCGGAUCCAGAAGGAGCGCAUCAAGAACAAGAUCAAGCAGACCAAGAUGAACGAGCGCAAUGGGUCGACUACUGAUCCGUUAGCCCGCAGUCGCAAUAUGCCUGCCACCUCGCCACUAUCCCCCGUGUUCGAGUUCAAUCGCCCGGGCUAUACAGAGACCUACGAUCUAUUUUCAUCACACUUGCCAACACCUGGUAUCAGCCAACAGACGUAUGCGCCUUAUGCUCCCUAUGAGAUUGAUGUCAAGACAGAACGACAGACAUUCAUCAACGAUGCACCGCUGCGUCACGACUCAUCUAUCUCGACUUUCAGCACCUUUGCUGCUCCCCAGCUGAAUGCGCCGCUUCCCACAUUUCCCGGAGAAGAAUGGUUUCAAGACGAGUACUUCCCACAGACCUCGGCCCUUCCAGGUAUCGACCCUGCGCUUUGCGAACAGAGCAUCGGACAAACGUACACCUUAUUGCAGUCGAACAUCCCCGUCAGUGAUCAUGACCGGCCGCUCCUGGACCACUUCAUCCACAAUGUCUUGCGCAUCAUCUUCCCGGUGGUGGAGGCUCACCAGCGCGGCCACACGAGAGCCCAAGCCAUUCUGCGCGCCCUGGAGACCAACAAGUGCUACCUUCACUGCUGUCUUAGCGUUGCCGCCAUUCACCUCAAGACCACGGAAGGAAUAGUGGGUGAGCAGAUCGAUCACGACAUCAUGCGCCAUCGUUUCGAAGCCGUUUCUCACCUGUGCCAGGCUCUUGGCGAAGAUAUCAACCAUGAAGAGAUUCUGGAUGCGACCCUGGCCAUGAUCUUCUUCCACUGCUCCGUGGGUCCGGCGGACGACUAUCUCCCUGAUAUUCCUUGGUUUGAUCACUUUCAAGCAGCAUCGAACCUUGUGAACAGGCUCGGCCUCCCGACAGCAGUUCCGGACGGCAACCCGUACAUCGCCCCUCCCUUCAGCAUGACACUCACCUCUUGGAUCGACAUCCUCGGCUCGACCAUGGAAGGGAAGACGCCACAAUUCGCGCACACCUACCGUUCAAAGCAUCUGAGCGGCUCGUCAUCCGGCCUGCGGGAGCUCAUGGGGUGCGACGACCGGGUCAUGUAUCUCAUCUCCGAGAUCGCCUGCCUGGAUGCCUUGAAAAAUGAAGGCCGCGUCGACGCGAUGGCGGUCUGUUCGCACGUCUCGGCUCUCGGACGACAACUGGAAUUUACCGAACCUGCAGAUCGAACGCUGGAGCACCCAUACUCACCCACCACAGGAGCGAUUCGCCCCGAUGUCCUCUCCAAGAACAUCACCACGGUCUUCCGCAUCGCCGCGAGAAUCUACCUAUGCAGUCUGGUCCCUGGGUUUGACCGCAACCAGCCCAGCAACCUCAAUCUGGUCGCCGCAGUCGCCGACACUCUGAACUACAUCCCCUCGGGCCCCAACGGCUUCGACCGCUCUCUGGUAUGGCCUCUUUUGAUUACCGGAGCGUUCUCCGCACCCACAAGUCCAUUCCGAGCAGUCCUUGCAGAGCGCGCUGCGCUGCUGGGUGAUCACGCCGACUUGGGCAGCUUCGGCCGCAUGUACCGCUUGCUGCAGGAGGUUUGGAGGCUCACGGACGAUCAUCCGACGGAGAAUCCCUACAUUCCGGAAGAGACCUCAUCCUCGUCAUCAACAACAUCGUCAUCGGGUAGCCCGGUUCCCAAGGUCGAGAGAUCAGCAUCCCCGGAAUCCAGCGGUGCUGGGCUAGGCAUGAGAGAGAUUAAGAAACAGCAGGUCCACUGGCGGGACGUGAUGCAGCGCAAUGGCUGGCACCAUCUGCUGAUCUAA